AUGGAGGAUGCCUAUGAAGGCAGCCGUCACGCCUCUCGAUGCAUGGGUAACAGUGGAAUCUGUAGAAAAACUUGCAGGAAGAGUGAAAAGCCCUACUUCUAUUGCAGAGAUAACCAACCAUGCUGCCUCCAGGCCUACAUGAGGAUAAGCGUUUCUGGCGUGGAAGAAAAUUAUGACUGGGCCUCUGAGAAACGCUGGCCAAGAAUACCUUGA